UUCAAGUUGUGGAUUGCUUGUAGUGGUGUUAUAGAGUUUGUGAUCUAAAUGGUUUUGAUUUUAUGUUUUACAGAACGCAGCAUAUUGUUAAUUUCUUCAAUAAGUGGCCUAUAUUUUAAAGUGUUUAAAGAAAAAGAUGUCAAAAACUUCUCCGGUUUUGAACGGUGAAAACACAAGUGAAGUUACAGAAUUCCCGACAGACGCGGCCGUCAACAUGGUAGCUGCAAAUUACGAUGAUAUUUCUUGUACUAAACCGGUAACUGUCGAUACUUUUGUUUCUGAAGAUGUAAAGCAAGCUGGGAUGACCUACUCGUGUGAAUUUGAUCACAUGUAUGCCAGUUUGAGCGAAGCUACCAGUGAACAAAAAGAAUCAACCGAAGUGAAACACCUUAAAGAACUGUCGUUACUGCAUUUAGAUCUCAUACAACAACAGUCAGAACGUAUUGUAACGCUGGAAAAAGAAAACGCCGCUCUUCGUCAUGCAUUGGAAACGUCGAACCAGAGGCUGGAGCGCAUGGAGCGCCGGGUGACGCUGCAGAAGCACCGGGAGGGCUCGGACGGGUACGCCCAGUCGCCGGUGAGCUGCGCCAGCCCUCGCGCCGUCUCGCCGCCGGCCGCCGCGGCGGGGCCCGGGGCCUCGCCGAGCCCGGCGGGGGGCGACGCCCCGCCGGCGGACCGGGCCUCCCCGAGCGCGGACGACGCCGCGCCGGCGAGCCAGCGCGCCUGGCCGGGUGACAAGAAGCGCAAGAAGGACGCGGAGGUGUCGAGCGUGGGCAGCGGCAGCGCGAGGAGGAAGAGGUUCUCCUCGUGGACGUCGUCGAUGAACAGCGACGGCGCGACCGCGGACGCCAAGAACUGCGCGCCCAAAGAGACUUCCUAUCCCGCCCACGCGAGAGUAAGCUCACAUUCCACUCGGAUGCAAAGGAAAGCAAGGAUUAAAGGAGGCAAGAAAGAAGAGAUACUGACCACGGAUGUGCCGUACUACACGACCGUUGGUGAUCCGCACUUCCCGUGGGGCAUGGAGGAUCUGGAUCCAGAUGGGAGGUUAUGUGAAGUGGAGUCGUGUGUUGUGCAGGUGCCGAGCUACCGGCUGAGGCCCACCACCAGCUGCUACUCCAUGGAGGGCACGGAGAACCUGGACGACGAGGUGUUCAGCAAGAGGCACCAGAGACACGAGCUGGACGAGCGUCGCAGGAAGAGGUGGGACGUGCAGAGAAUACGGGAGCAGCGGCAGAUAGAGAAGCUGAAGCAGCGGGAGCAGGCGGCGUCGCGACGCAGCAGUGCGGGCGGCCGGUGCCGGGAGGCGGAGGAGCCCCUCGUGUCGCUGUGGCCGCAGCCCGACGACGCCAAGUACCUGGAGGUGGUGGAGCGGGUGCCCGUGGGCGCCUUCGGCCAGCCGGUGCCCUCGUUCCUUCCCAGUGAGUUCUCUUUGCCUUGGAUUACUUCUUCUCGUUACAAGUCAAACUGCUCCUAUGCAACGAGAAGGAGAAAUGACCAAAAAAGAUAGGUGGUGAUUGGUUGUCAGCAGUCACCAUUCAUAAAUUUAUUUAAAACAGACUGUGUUUGCAAAAUUCAAGGUAAUGUUUUUUUAAUGUUAUGUAUAAAUUUGAUGACUGUACAUAGAGAUACCUUUAAUGAAGAAAAGGAAAGUCAAGAUUGUCUUGUUUGUAAAUAGUUUCAAUGAAAUUUAAAUUCUAAAAUAAUUUUUUUGUUGGAAUGUUUGAAUUUAUUUGUGUAUAAGGAAUGCGAUUGGCCUACCCUUUAAAGUAUGGUGAAAGUUACUGAAAUGUUAAGUUAAUACUUUUAAGCUUCAGUGGUAAAAUAUUAUUAAUACAGUAAGACUUGUAAUUUGACCUGGCAGAAUUUUUUUGUAGGAAUAUUAUAAAAAAACAUUUUUUUCAUGAAUCAUCAGUGCUGCAAAUACUUGUAUUUUGAGUUUAGCUUUUGCUAGGAUACAUGGAAACUGUUCUAUUGAUAAAUACGUGGUGUCAUGUAAUUGGUGGAUACAGACACCUUAAGUCAAAGAAAUUCUGGUCAUUACUUGUCUAAUUUUGUAAAGUUUUGAUGCAGGUGACCUAAACGUCUGGUUACGGAAUAUUGUUGUACUAGUUCUGUUCACCUCUGGCAUACUUUGGCACCUCUGCAUACUUCGUGGCAAAAUCCACGUAAUUUGAUAAGCUUAAAUUUAUUAGCAAUCUGAAUAAUUGUACUUAAGAAAUUCAUGAUACCGUACAAUUUUUACAGUUAAAGUAAAAAAAAAGAAUUAUUUUAAGUUGGUGGUCAGUCAACACCACUCACAUUUGUGUCCCUAGUCUUGCAGGUUGAAUGAACAUUUCAUUGUUUGGGUAGCGACACACUUUAAAUAGUGCAGAUACUGUAUGUUCCAGCUUUAGGGCAUUAAAUCAAUUAUUUAUAUAAAAUACAAAUAGCAGCUGUAUGCAGUUAGUGCUAUCAGAUCUGUUGUCAUUUACUUAUUUAGCACUCAUCAUAAUUACACCUAAUUCCAGUUUUAAAGUUCUAUCCCUCAUUAAGGGGCCCACCUAGUCAGGAGUGUAUUUGGGUUAGCGAGGCGAGAUUACAAGUGCGAUACUCUCGUGUGCUUCUGUCACGGUAUUGCCUCAUUUAAGCGCAAGGCUGUGAACUGGGCGCAGUCUUCUCAUUAUGCAUAGGACAACUAUGAUUUUGAGUAGUAACUACAACAUUAUAUGGUAGAGAAAUGAAGAUGAAGGUGUAAUGCAAGUCCCUUGAGUGCGUUUAAGAAUCUGUAGGAUGUAUCUAUCAUGUCUAAAAAUAAUUCUGAAAACACACAUUUUAGAUAUUUUCACUCUUCUAAAAGUAUAGUUUAAAAACGAAAUACGGAAAUAACUCGUCAGCUGUCAGCGUAUUCUUAAAUGCUUUAGAUACACAGACAUCUCUUGGAUAUCUUGAGUAGUUUUCUUAUCGCGUAGUUUCUUCUGAAGCUCUGCACACUGUAUUGUGUGCCCCGGUAGGUGGGGCCUUGAGGUGCCUAGAUUUUAAUUGCUGUAGACCAAACUGAAUAUUGUAAAUUUACUGCUAUUGGUGGUCAAGUUAGACUGCCAUACGCUAUCACAAAUGAAAGUGCAUCAGUACCAAGUUGAAUUUAUCGUGAAUGACAUAUUAUGUACUAAGUAUGUACAUAUUUUCAUGCAAUCUCCGUUGGUUAAAUUUUUCUAUUCGGUGGUACAAUAUUUUAAUGAACGUACCUAGUUCCCAUAGGUAUAAGUAGGGACAAGGUUUCAUUGUAAGCUGCAAUUUAAUCAAAAUACAUAAAUGUGAGUGAGAUAAACGAAACUCUCGCAAAUUUAUUUAGUACCGAGUUAUAAUGCAAACCUCCACACUCUCGCACUGUGUUCAAGAUUGGACCCCAGUGUAUGAACACGCACCUCUACGACCUUUUAGCUAGCGAUGACCAGCUAGGAGAGAAGUAAGCGAAUCAGGUAGCAUCUAUUAACAAAGGUUAAAAAUGUUCAAGGUUAUUAUUGAUGAUGUGUGGCGAAGUAGAGAGCUCUUUAAGCGACACACAUGCGGGCCGUGGAAGGCGAUGCACCGUCAGCAAGUCCUCGGGGCAGUGGUCGCAGCUCUUCCGGGCAAUACCUCCGUCGUGCUGCCGAGGGAAACGACCGCGGGAUGGUUGACUCCGGGCGAGGGCCGAGGUACUGAAGCAGUGAAUGCAGGGAAGGUUGUGCGGUGACGAACGAGGCAUUGCUGGAGGUUAGCCGCAACGUCCACAACCGCUCUGCCGAGGGUCCACCGCGUCUUGGAACCCAGGCCACGAGGCGAGAAGCCAGCACGUGAAGGUUUUGCAGGAGCGAUAAGCCAAAUACAUCUCUUGUUUCAGUUUAAAUUAUAGGCCGAAUAGCUAUUUUAUAAAAUGGGUGUAAAAGCGCGUAUUGAUCAUUGAUUGUAAGGAAAUGUUAUAUGUUAUAAGAACCAAGUAAGCUUAUUCUAAUUCCCUUGUAAUUCUGAGAUCAAAGGAAGAGCUGUUUUCAUAACAAUACGAAGAUAAUGUUUUCUCAGAUCAGUGGAAUUUUAUUCUUUAAUGUACAACAUUCAAUGCAUGUCAUAAGGCACCACAAAUUGAUGCUUCUUGCCCCAUGCCUGUUCGUCCAGCACUUUUCGUUGUGUAGUUUUCAUUCUUUUCCCUCCACCCUUACAUAUAAUCUCAUUUCAGAUUGUAAUUUUCUUCUAAUAAACAUACGUUUCUAAUACUGAAAAGUUCACGUCUACAAUGUCAUUUUUGACUGUCGCUGGAACUGUGUUUAAGCCUUGCGUUUAUUGAGGUAACAGUAUCAGUACUUUCCUGUGAAUCAUUUGUUUACUCGUUUGCUGCAGAAUUUUGAACAGUCUUAGUAAAAAAAAUUUGCAUGUUAAUUUAAAAUUUUUGGAAUUUUCUGUCAUCUAACAAAUGUUUUUCUGUUCUCUCGUGUCAUAAGUUUUUUUUUUACAUGCUUCAUCAAGAAAAUAUUCUUAUAAUCCCAUAUGUAGUCAGUCUGCUGACUAGAAUUUAUAUUGGUUUAAUUUAUUGAAGGAAUGUUGAGGCAUCUGAAUUUCAAAUUCGGUUAUAAUUCAGAGUUUGAGGUAAGUCAUAUUUAAAUGGAAAUCUUCACAUCACCAGUGGUCAGUUGAGUUACGUGGUUUAUGUUGAACUAUAUAAUGGCUUGCUUAACAGUGUUAUUGCUAGUGAAGUUCAGUUUAUACUUGCUAGGUUCACUAAGAACUGUUAGCAGGGUUUGGCUGCAGUUUGUUAGAUUGUCAGUUGGUUUUGCAAAUUGUGAGAAGGGACAGAGUUUUCAGCACAUAAAAAAAAAAAAGUUUAAUGACAUCCAACAUAAAAAAAAGAUAAAGUAUAUAUUAAAUAGUGAAUUUGGGAGAGAAAUGACCCACCAUAUGAAUAAAUAUGUUUAAUCUGUAAUGUUUUGUAUUUUAAAACUGUGAUAAUAUGUAGUGAAAGUGAAAUAGUAUUUACAUCUUGAAAGUGUCAGAAAAACUACAAUAUGUUUGCUCCUAGACAUAAAUUGCUUUUAUUGUAGUUACAAUUGCUGCAUUAGGAUUAUCAGUGUAAUUUUGCCAAUACUUAAGUUUUAGUGAUGGCAUAUUUUGUACAUUUUUGUUUUUAAGAAUCUUCCUUUGAUGUAAAGUUGGUUUGUUAGUUAUUUAGUAAUUACAUUAUUUUUCUGCUUAUCCUAUCGGCAUGGUUUAUGCCAUUAAUCUACUUGCCACAGCCGUGCUUCUUGAGCCACUGUUACAUUAACAGUAGAUAUCUAGAGAAUUAUGAGACUGCUUUCAGUAAUCUGGCAAGAAGUAGAGUAGCUUGCACGCUCAUCCAGUUGAACGUGUGCAAGGAGCUGUGCUCAGAUGCAGUUGUGCCUGUUGUGUCCUUGUCCUUGUUCAGAAUAUUUGUUGUAGAGAAGUUUAGUAGACACACUGAUAGGCAGACCCCAAGUUUUUUUUUAGCUUAAAUUUUCAUUCUUUGGGGAUAUAUGUUUCAAAAAUUUUUUCUACUAAGACAUUUAACUUUCUUUGCCAGCACAUGUAUGGGAAAGUUAUUUUAACAGUUAAUUUUUGUAAAUUCAAAAAAUAACUAAACUAAAUCAAGAGCGAGAACAAGAAAAAUUACAUUUUAGACAUUUGCUGAACGGAAAACUUAAAAAAUGUUUAUGUUGUCUUUUUUACAGUCAGUAAGAUGUAAAAAUCUCAAAAUGUGUACCACUACCAGCCUAACCACUUAAAAUAUCCUAAUACAUAAGUCGUCGGCUGUGCUUGUUGUCAGACUGGCUGAAAUGUAGUGUAGUUUGUAGGCAACCUGGAUUGUCAGAGGUUGAUGCCAUCUGUUGAGGUUUUCUAGAACAUACUUGAGCUGUAGCCAGACACUCUGAACUGUUCCCAGCCUCCGCAUUGUCACUAUCACUACCUGCUCUUGCUGUCGCAGUGCGACGCUAUGACUCUUGAUAAUCCAGGCAACUGGCAUUCUUCAUUCUGGUUUUAUGCUCGACCCUCCCGGGCAUCACCUGAAUGUGUGCUGUGUGUCUCAACGAUUUAGUCAUUCUGUGAAAAGGAAAAGUCUUCUGUAACUGUAGCAAUGGAUCUGUUCAUUGUGCAUGUGCUGAUAAAAGGGGGUUCUCAAACACAAACCUAAAGGAAACAUAACAUGGGGCGGUCCACUAAUGCACAGGACAACCCAUCAGGUCUGACAGGUUGGUUUAUUUGUUCCAAAUUGUUUAUUUAAAAUCAUUUUAUUGAAAAAGUGCAUAAUUUAUCAGUCAAAAUGACACAUUUUAGGAGAAAUAAGUACAGUAUCACGGAACAUUGACGUAUCAUAUUUGUUCACUAAUAUGCUAUAUUUUUUAGUAAACAUAUUUCUUAAAAAAAAGAAGAAAAAACACCAAAAUCUCCUGUUUUAAAAAUGAAAUUGCCUAAAAAUAAAACCAUAAAAUCUCAUCUCUCUUAUCAGUAUUCAGUCAGGAAAGAAAGCAGCUGGAAAUGGACACACAGUAGUGUUUCCAUAACCAAGUGAUUGUGCACCGCGGGAACCUUUGAUGAUUGGAUUGAUUGGAUAACACUGUUAGAAUAAGUUAACCUCCGUGGUUUUCAGUAGGCCUGGUGGUAUCAUUUUUCAGGGUGAUGUUUUUUCCAAUUCUUCAAUGUAGAUUCUUUCACAUCAUUCCAUGAUUCGCCUAGCCAAUAAAUAACAUCUUUGAGGUUAAUUUUAAUUUUAGGCUUUGAACAACAGUUGGAUUAUUUUCUAGGUUCUCAAGAAAAUGUUUACACAGAGUUUGCCGGUAAUGGUGUUUUAGGUCAGCUUGAAUGAGGAACCUGUGUUAAUUGAAACUUAGUUAAUUGAGAGGCUAUUGUAUAUGGAUGCGUAUUUUUAAUUUAAUAUAUCCAGGUAUUGGUUCGUGGUCCUGGGAAUAGAACCACGCAUAACCAUAACUCUAGCCGUGCCUAUGAUUGUCACUUUAUCUGUGUGAAAUGUGAAUGAUUUUACUUCAAAAAUGUCAUACGCAAGCAACUCAUGUGCUGUGUGCAACAAAAGUUUUAAAAGGUAAACAUUUUUUGUGUGCAUUUUUACUUAAUUUCACAGGACUAUUUAAAUGUGUUUUGUAGUACAAAGGGGUGUGUUAACUAAGUUUCGCUGGCUAUGUCUCUAUGGCAGUCUGACAAGGUUGAAUUAAACUUGAUAUCUGUGCUUUGGACAGAAGCCACUAUAAAUGUCUGUUAGUUUAGAAAGUUUUUUUCUAAAAGAGAGUAAGUGUUAAUACAAAAUUUAUAAGAUAUAUUAAAAAAAUAUAUUGAUAAUUUAUACAGUAUAAUUUAUUUUUUAAGCAUUGAUAUAUUAGGCUUAAUAUUAAAUUUUAAACAUACACAUGUAUCUACAAAUAAGCUGCUACUGAACUACGAAAGGUAAUUCCUUAAAACAGAUGAAGAACCAGUUUCCAUUUUCUUUUCAUCAUUUUAUACAUUACUUCUUGUUUAGAAUAUGGUACUGGAAUUUGUGAUUUCAUUCUGCUGUGAAUGUCGAAACAGGUCUGAAUGCCUUGCAUAUUCAUUCAAUCCCCAACAGAACAGUGUUUUGUGGAAAGAUGUCUCUGUCGCUGGUCCAGUGUGGUUUCAUAGUGAAGUGUUUUGCAGCAUCUGGAAAUGUGCCCUUUGGGUGUCGUCCUGUCACCAUUGUGUCCAUCUGCAGAGACGUCCGGGCGGACGGCACUCUGUUCUUCUCAAUAACCUCUUUGACAGUUUGGUUCUCAUUCACUAGUCUGCGAUAUCACACGUUUGGCUAAAAUGUAAAUGUUGUGAUUACAAAACCUCACAUUUUUACCUCCCAUGGUUUUGAAAAAAAAAAUUUCAGACAUCAAAUUGGAGGUUCUUUCUGCAAAUGGUUUCAGAUUAGUGUUUAUUUUCAUCAUUAAUAAAAAUAAUUUUCCAGGAUGUAAAAUAUUUUUUACAUAAAAUACAUGAUAAAAUAGUAAUUCUAAUAUACAUGUAAUUAAAUAAGCAAGUGUCAGAUCUUUUCAGUUCGUGCCCGAUCUUAUUAGCAGUGGUCUUUGAAAAUUAUGAAUGAUGACAAGAGAUGAUUAGAGUAUGCUCACUAUUUUUUUAAAUCAACAUUUUAUUAGCGAAGUCAUUUUUCAACAAUGUACUGCCAUAUGUUUGGUUAUUUCUCUGUGAUGGUCUUUGUUUUCAUUUGGCUCUUCUUCAGCAAAAUUUUAGAUGUAGUGCUUGUUAAUGUUACCCAUGCAAACAAUAAUUUGAACUGCACUUUUAUUAUAGAAUAAAUUAGCUCGUACAUAACGUAAAAAAAAUCUGUGAAAUCCUUAAAAUUGUAUUGUUUCUGAGAAUUAUUAUGCAAUGUAGGCUACUCCAAUUUAAUCCAAGUUCUGUCCAGGAACAUCUCAUUGAAACAGUUGUAAUUGUCAGUGUAUAUAUUACACUAAAAAAAAAAAAGUUUCAGAGUCUUGUUUUCAUUUAGAUUUUUCUGUAUUUUCACACUGAAAGUGUAAAUUUUGUUACUUGGAUCAAUUUCAGAAGUCAUCUGGUAUAGGCAAUUUUUGUGAAUGUUACUCAUUGGCAUCAGAUCCAUGGCACACAGUUGAAGCUUGCUUUUAUAGGUAUUUUAGCUUACAACGUAAAAUUAAGAAGAGGCAUUUAAUUUGAAAGAUACGGAAAACAUACAAAGGCUGAAAACAGGCCAUUAGUACUGACUGAAUGAAUGAAUUCUGAAUAGAUUGGCCAAAUACUAGUGACUAGACACUGUCAGACUAGAUUAUUUUUAUAUUUACUUGAUUUGUUAACAUAAAUUGUGUCAUUAAAUUUAAAAAAAGUAAAUAUUUGGCUUAUGUAAUCUUCAAUUUGUCUGUCAGUGCAGUUUAUUUGGACAUACGCCAUUGCAGUUUUGCACUGUUUGUCAUGGAAAUAUUCUGAAAGUAAAAAAAUAAAUAAAAAAUAUGAAAACAAAUUCACAGAAAACACUGAAUCAGCUAAUAUCGGACAAACGGAACCAACGAUGAAACUAAACAAGUAUUAUGAUCAACACAAUGACGACAGCACGGACAAAAAAUAUUCAAUCUCUAAAUAUCAGGCAGCACAAGUAUUCAGUUGAAGAAACUUAGUCAUGAAAAAUAAUACAACACAGACGAACACAAUGGGCUAACAACAACGAGACAGAUUAAAUGCAGGCAGACAACAAACCUGGACAAUGCAGCAAAUAUAACACAACAAUGAAGAUAAACAAAUACUAUGGACAACACGAUGAUAGCACUGACGAACACAGAAGGUUUUCAGUGACAACAGUUGCAACGUUUUGGGAUCUGACAUGUGGUUACAAUGUUUCACUGGAAUUCUAUGGUUCGGCACCUAUUGAGUUGCCAGAGUUAAAAUUUUUUAGGAUGGAUUCUGGCUGUUGACAUGGGCCUCAAGGUUGCAUUAAGCCUGUGGCACACGAUGCAUGGUUUCACACAGGAUGUUAUAAAAUAUUUUAUGACACUUUAACUGCAGGCUGCAGCAGACAUUUCUGUGGAAGAAGCUAUCUCAUGUAGAAUGUGACUGGUGUAGGCCUAGCUAAUCGUGUGCGAGGCGAGGUUAUUAACAAAAUCUAAAAUAGGUAUCCUACUUGACAGAAAUUACUUUCAAGUGCGGCAGCAAUAAUUAUCACAGAAGAAGAAGAGGUAAAACUGCAGGAAAAAGACUGUAAUGAGUUUUGAAGCAACUUCAAAAACUGUGGUUCCCAAAUGCACUUCACGCACAUAUUUUGCUAUAUCUGCCAAAGAACUAUUUUGAAUGGUUUUACUGUGGUAGUUUGCCGCUUUUGUGCUAAAGAAACACUGAUACUCUCCAUAUUUAUCGCAUAACGUCGUAACAGCUUCAGAAGUUCACAUUUUCACCACUUUAAUUAAACAUCACUUGCUAAAACUUGCACAACAGUUCAAAUAUAUCCUUGCACCAAAAUGUCCGUGGAAUAUUCCAUCAUGUGACAAGGCCUUUACUCAAUACAGUGUUUCCUAUUUUCUAGCGGGUUACAUUCCACACAUUUGGUAUUCCUGUUAAAACUAUAUCGCAAAAUCGCUAACCCGGUUUGUCUACAGUCGUCAAAAUGCCGGAUUAAAGACCUUUCGCUAUAGUUCCUGUCAUUUUUAAUCUUACCGCAGCCUUAUAAAGUUGAAUUAGCCAGUGAAGUGUUGCAGCAUCCAUGGUUGUAUUUGCAUUUGCAAAUACGUACGAAUUCACAUGCACUUAUCUUUUCUUUUUAAUACUUAUACUAUAUAUGACCAAUUAUAAAAAAUUUUGUAAAAAUUGGAUUAUAUGUUGUAGGUAUUUCAAAAAUUUUAAACAUACUCAUUAUUAUUUAAAAAAAAAAAUUAUUCUUUCAGUGUGUGUUUAGUUUUAAAGUACAUUGUAUUGUGUAUUCAGCACUGUCCAGUAUUUUGCCACACUUGUUUUAAACCACUUUUUUCUAUCUGGAGGAGUAUUGGGGUUGUACUAAUAUGUACUGAACUUUUUUUUUUAACACGACCAAAACUAAACAAUUUUUAGAGAAUUUUAAUGCCAAGUGUUUUAUUUUUGAAAUAAAAAAAAUAUAUUUUCAGAACUGUGAAAACAAUAGUUUCUUCUGGAAUAUAAAAUAUAAAAAAUUGAAUUGUGGUAAUUUAAUUUUUCUUAAAUAUUGUAUAUUCAAUUGUACUGUUUGAUAAACUGAUAUAAAACUUGUAGGAACACAUUUGACAUAAAAUUGCAAAGUAAAAGCAUUGUUUUUUGUGAAGAAAGGUUUCCAGAUCAAAAAUAUUAAAAUUACUUCAAGUCUCACUUGCAGCUUAUUUCAAAGUAUUUUUGAUUUAUGAGUUGUUUUUUAAUUUAGUAUUUAGUUUUAUCUUUAAUCCCCCAAUUGAAGUCACUGUAUAUCCAAGUGUGUUUAACAUUAAAAGUCUUUUAUAAAUGAUAUUGAGCUCUCCAUUUUAUUACAGGUUUGAGUAACGUUUGUGGUUUCAAUAUGUUGAAGACCUUACAAUUGAGGCAGUAUUUUAAUUGAGGACAUCUUACAAUCCAAAUCAUGUUAUGUUCAUGAUCUUGUGUUUGAGUUGUAUUAUAUUUAUUGCUACCAUAUAAAAUUCCAUUAUUUUUUUUUUAUGGCAUCUUAUAUCCGAGAUCAUCUUUUACAUUGAUAUGAAUCUUAACAUCAAUUUUUUUUUAAAUUUAUAGUAUUUAAUUCAUUAGAGAAGAAAAUAAUGUGUUCAAACUAGUAAAAUAAUUUAAUAUAAACUAAAUGAACAUUUUUUAGCUCUCAAAUUUGUACUAAACUAAAAACUUUUGUUUUAUUAACAUUCAUUAAGAGAAUUUCUUACUGAAAUCAAAAAUGAAUGUUCUGAACUUUUCAAUAUCAAUUGCACUAUUAGCACAACCCUACAAGUUAGUUUUGGGUGUGUAUUUCGACUGUAAGUAUUUAUACUUAUAUCUUUGUGCUUCUACAUUUCACAGCAGAGUGAAAAACAUUUCUGUAUUUUUUUUUUGUGAUAGAAUAAUACAUAUUGUAAUAUUUUUUGCUGUAUUUCAUCAUAAUAUGUAGUUUUCUGGUGGAAGUUAAGGAACAUGUCUUUGUUGGGAUUUAUCAGUAUUUGUUAACCAUCACAUUUAUAAAAUAAUCUUAGCUGAGGCCAUUAUAACCAUGCACAGUCUACACGUGGCUGCUAAGUAAAAACAAAUACAUACUCAGUGUGGUUUUUUUUUUGUGCUGUCUUUACAUUCUUGUGGUAUUAAGUUCCAUUUAUAGUUUAAUGCUUGGUUUGUAAUGAAACUGUUUUAUUUGUUCAAUUGUAAUGUAUAAAUAUUGAAUUUUGGGAAAUUUUCAAUUCAUUUUAAAUGUUUUGAUAAAAAAAAUCAUUAAAAAGUAGUAUGAUUGCAAUAUUAAAUUUUGCCAGUCAACUGCAGAAGAACCCUGUCAUAACAUUUUUUAAGAGUAAGAUAUGGAUGUAAUUAUUUUUAUUCAAUGCAAAAUGUUAAAUACAUUUCAAGUUUUCUCUUUCCAGUCUUGUUUACCAUGAAUUUUUGUGCAACAAUUCAAAAUUAACACCCAAAUCUCUAGUCAACAUGUAUAAUGUGUAUGUUGUGAUUUCAAACUUAUCUCCAAAAUCAUAUUUUGUAUGGAAAUAGAUUUUGAUAUAUUUCUGGGGCAGUCCUUUUAGAAUAUUCUCAUUUUCUAUUAAUGUGUAUAUGUGUAUGUUGAAAAUGUUUACCUUAGUUGUUUUUUUAUUUGUAGGAAGUCAUAAAAUAUGUCAGUAAGAUAAGGUUUUUUGUAA